GGGGGUCGGGAGGAGAGGAAAUCCUCGGGGAGGUUCCUCCCCGAAGGGCGGCAGCCUGGCCGGGCCCGAGAGCUGGCCGCGGUGGGGAGGGGAUAGCGCGGCGGACCCGGAGGACAUGGAGGGCGAGGAGGCGCCGUCAUGGCGGGGUCCCGGCGGGGCCGUGCGGGAGCUCUGCCGCUCAUUCGGCCACUACAACCGGCACCUGGCGCGGCUGCAGCACAACCUGCGAGAGACCAAGAGGUUCUUCCGCGACGUCAAGUUCUCCCAGGGACAGCCUUUCGCCUCGGCGCCUGCCGGUGACGGCCCCCGCUCCGCCUGCGAUGGGGAUGAGGGUCCCGAGGAUGGAGGGCCGAUGCCGUUCCCGUGGCACGAGGAGGAGCAGCUGCAGCGCUCGGUGAGCUGGCGGCCGUGCCUGCUGAUCCUGGGCCAGAACUGCCGCGCCAAGGGCCGCCUGCUCAACACCCUGCUGGGCCAGGAGCUGCUGCCCGUGCCCGGGGCUGGCACGGACAGCGAGGAGCUGCUGCCCGGGGCUGGCACCCCGGAGCUGCUGCCUUCUGCUGGACCUGGUACUGUCACCAAGGAGCUGUUGCCCGGGACUGGCACUGGCACCCAGGAGCUGCUGCCCGAGGCUGCCACUGAGGAGCCGCUGCCUUCUGCUGGACCUGGUACUGUCACCGAGGAGCUGCUGCCCAGGACUGGCAGUGUCACUGAGGAGUUGCUGCCCACCCCCGGGGCUGGCACGGACACUGAGGAGCUGCUUUCCUCCACUGGGACUGUCACUGAGGAUUUGCUGCCCACCCCCGGGACUGGCACUGCCACCAAGAAACUGGUGCCCAGGACUGCCACUGCCACUGAGGAGGUGCUGACCACCCCCAGGGCUGGCACUGUCACCAAGGAGUUGCUUUCCACUGCUGGGGCUGUCACUGAGGACCUGCUGCCCACCCCCGGGGCUGGCACUGGCACUGAGGAGUUGCUGCCCACCCCUGGGACUGGCACGGACACCGAGGAGCUGCUUUCAUCCCUUGGAGCUGGCACUGCCACCAAGGAACUGCUGCCCAGGACUGGCACUGGCACUGAGGAGCUGCUUUCCUCCACUGGGACUGUCACUGAGGAGCUGGUGCCCACCCCCAGGGCUGGCACUGUCACCAAGGAGCUGCUGCCCACCCCCGGGGCUGGCACCGAGGAGCGCUGCCGGCGCCGCCGGGUGCGCUUCACGCACGGGGCGCGGCCGCGGCUGAGCCUGGCGCUGCCCGGGCAGUACGAGCUGGUGCAGGCGCUGGUGGCACACAGCGGGCACUGGGACACCAUCCCCGAGCAGGACCUGCAGGUGCCCGGGGACGCCGAGGAUCCCGCGCAGAGGGUGGCAGAGCUGGAGGUGGUGCUGCCCUGCGCGCUGCUCAAGGAAGUGGACAUCGUGGUGGCUCCGUGCCGGGGCUUCCAGUCAGCUGAGGCCACCCUGGCUGAGUUUGUGAACCAGGUGCUGCCCGUUGUCACCUUUGCCAUCAGCGAGCCCCAGCUGUCCCCGUCGGACCAGGCAGAGCUUCGAGAAAUCAGAGACAAAUUCUCCCUCCCCAUCUUCUUCCUCCGAAUCCCCGAGGCCGGCAGCGAGCUGAACUCCCCCAAAAACCGCAGCAAGGACAAAUCCCUGCUGCAGCUGCAGCUGCUGGAGCUGCAGUACCUGAGCCCCUGCAGCCCCUGCGGCUGCGGCGCUCCCGGCUCGUCCAUGCUGGUGGAGCAGCUGGAGAAGCUGCGGCUGCUGAGCUCCUUCUCCAGGCAGGUGCUGCAGCAGCACCUGGUGGAGGCCGCCACGAGGCUGAGUGAGGUUCACGGGCGCUGCCUCAACAUUUUCAUCAACCAGGCCUUCGACAUGCAGCGGGACCUGCAGAUCACCCCCAAGCGCCUGCAGUACACGCGCAGGAAGGAGAACGAGCUCUACGAGUCCCUGAUGGGCAUCGCCAACCGCAAGCAGGAGGAGAUGAAGGACAUGAUCGUGGACACCCUGGGCAACAUGAAGGAGGAGCUGCUGGAGGAUGCUGCCAGUAUGGAGUUCAGAGACAUCAUCAUUCCCGAGAGCGGCGAGCCCGUCAGCUCCAAGGACAUCAAGCGCUGCAUGCAGCAGAUCCAGGAGCUGAUCAUCUCCCGGCUGAACCAGGCCGUGGCCAACAAACUGAUCAGCUCCGUGGAUUACCUGCGGGAGAGCUUCGUGGGCACCCUGGAGCGCUGCCUCAAGAGCCUGGAGGAGUCCUGGGAGGGCUCCGUGCACCCGCCCCGGGGGCUGGAGAAACCCCGCGAGGGCUCCGGCCACAUCACCAGCAACUAUCUCAAGCAGAUCCUGAACGCCGCCUACCACGUGGAGGUCACUUUCCACUCGGGCUCCACGGUGACCAGGAUGCUGUGGGAACAGAUCAAACAGAUCAUCCAGCGGCUCACCUGGGUCAGCCCCCCGGCCAUCACCAGCGAGUGGAAGAGGAAGGUGGCCCAGGACGCCAUCGAGAGCCUCAGCGCCUCCAAGCUGGCCAAGAGCAUCUGCAGCCAGUUCCGCACGCGCCUCAACAGCUCCCACGAGGCCUUCGCCGCCUCCCUGCGCCAGCUGGAGGACGGGCACUGGGGCCGGCUGGAGCGCACCGAGGACCUGUGGCUGCGCGUCAGGAAGGAGCACGCGCCGCGCCUGGCCCGGCUCUCGCUGGAGAGCAGAUCCCUGCAGGACGUGCUGCUGCACGGGAAGCCCAAGCUGGGCAGGGAGCUGGGCCGAGGCCAGUACGGGGUGGUGUACCUGUGUGACAGCUGGGGGGGACACUUCCCCUGCGCCCUCAAAUCCGUCGUCCCUCCGGAUGAGAAGCACUGGAACGACCUGGCACUGGAAUUUCACUACAUGAGGUCCCUGCAGUCCCACGAGAGGCUGGUACACCUGCAUGGCUCCGUUAUUGAUUAUGGCUAUGGAGGAGGCUCCAGCAUUGCUGUGCUGCUGAUCAUGGAGAGGCUGCACAGGGACCUGUACACGGGGCUGAAGGCUGGGCUGGAAUUGGAGCCACGGCUGCAGAUUGCGUUGGAUGUGGUGGAAGGGAUCCGGUACCUGCACAGCCAGGGCUUGGUGCACAGGGAUAUCAAACUCAAAAACGUCCUGCUGGACAAAAAGAAUCGGGCCAAAAUCACGGAUUUGGGGUUCUGCAAACCCGAGGCGAUGAUGUCCGGCAGCAUCGUGGGCACCCCCAUCCACAUGGCUCCCGAGCUCUUCACAGGGAAAUACGACAAUUCCGUGGAUGUUUAUGCCUUUGGGAUCCUCUUCUGGUACCUCUGCUCGGGCCACGUGAAGUUACCCGAGGCCUUUGAGAGGUGUGCGAGCAAAGAUCACCUGUGGAACAACGUCAGGAGAGGGGUGCGGCCGGAGCGGCUCCCGGUGUUUGACGAGGAAUGCUGGCAGCUGAUGGAAGCGUGCUGGGCCGGGGACUCGUCCCAGCGGCCUCUCCUGGGAAUCGUGCAGCCCAUGCUCCAGGGAAUCAUGGACAGGCUCUGCCGGCCCGGCUCCGAGCAUCCCACCAAAGGCCUGGAUGACUCCACCUGAGCGGGAAGCGCGCCUGGAUUCGGGAAUUGCGGGCGGGAUUUUGGGGAAUUCCAGCCCCGCCUCUGCUGCGAGCCAGCCCCGAGGGGGGACAGGGAGGAGCUCCCAGGGGCGGCAGCUCCAUCCCAAUCCCUAUGGAAUUGUUUGGGACAGGGGAGUGGCAUCUCCAUCCUAAUUCCACCCCGUUAUCCCUAUGGAAUUGCAUGGGACAGGGAGGUGAUAGCUCCAUCCCAAUCCCUAUGGAAUUGUGUGGGACAGGGAGGUGACAGCUCCAUCCCAAUCCCACCCUGUUAUCCCAUGGAAUUGUUUGGGACAGGGGUGAGCUCUGAGGGGUGACAGCUGCAUCCCAGUUCCACCCUGUUAUCCCUAUGGAAUUGCGUGGAACAGGGGGUGACAGCUCCAUCCCAAUCCCUAUGGAAUUGUGUGGGACAGGGAGGUGACAGCUCCAUCCCAAUCCCACCCUGUUAUCCCAUGGAAUUGUUUGGGACAGAGGGGGCUCAGGGGGUGGCAGCUGCAUCCCAGUUCCACCCUGUUAUCCCUAUGGAAUUGUGUGGGACCGGGGAGUGGCGUCUCCAUCCUAAUUCCACCCCAUUAUCCCUAUGGAAUUGUGUGGGACAGGGGUGGGAAGCUCCAUCCCAAUCCCAUCCUGUUAUCCCUAUGGAAUUAUUUGGGACAGGGGUGAGCUCUGAGGGGUGACAGCUCCAUCCCAGUCCCACCCUGUUAUCCCAUGGAAUUAUCUGGGACAGGGGGUGACAGCUCCAUCCCAAUCCCUAUGGAAUUGUGUGGCACAGAGGGGUGGCAGCUCCAUCCCAAUCCCACCCCGUUAUCCCAUGGAAUUAUCUGGGACAGGGGCUGGCAGCUCCAUCCCAAUCCCUAUGGAAUUCUGUCAGACAGGGGCUGGCAGCUCCAUCCCAAUCCCACCCUGUUAUCCCAUGGAAUUAUUUGGGACAGGGGCUGACAGCUCCAUCCCAUUCCCACCCCGUGUUCCCUAUGGAACCGUGUGGCCGAGGGCUGGAAAUCCCAAACCCUUCGGGAGGGACUUUGCCAAUCCCAAUCCCAGCCUUGGGAGGGAUUUUUGGGAUGGGAAAAUCCCUUCCCAAAACCCCGGGAGAACCAUCCCGCUCCUCCCUCUGCCCUCGGCAGCAAUUCCAGAGCGCUGGGAGAGGAAGGAAAAGGCACAAAACUUUGGGAUAAGGAAAUGUUGGGAAGCUCCAAGGAGCUGGAAAUGUUUACAUGGACAGGAGCAAAGCUUCCGUGUUUUUCCUACGGGGACUUGGAAAACCCCACCUGGAUAAGCUAUUGAUCCCAAAUCCCACUUUUCCCUCUUUUUUUCCCUUCUCCUUUGCUUCCUGCAAUUUCUUGGAACGGCUGGAAAACCUUCCCUGUCUUCCACACCGCGUUCCUCAGAGGAUCCGCUUCGCAGCAGCACAAAAACUCCUUAAAAAUACUGAUUUUCCCGUGGGGAAAAGUGCCAAAAUUCCUUCGAAAUGAGGAUUUGGGCUUUGGAAUUCAUGGGAUUGUCGUGGCGGUUUUAACUUGCACGGGAAUGUUUUAAAAAAACGAGGAUUUUCCAGCUUUUUUUGUCCCAAGUUGGAUGGGAAGAAAGAUCCUUCCUUCUUCCCCUCACUUUCACUCCAGGGCUGGAAUUUGGUUGGAAAGAAUAAAAUAAA